ACCAUGACGAAUUCUCUCUUCGUCCAAAGGGAAAGACCGAAAGGCAAAGGGAACCAGCGCGACAAACUGAUAUUAGCUUUCACAGUAACGGGGCCUGGCAAUCCUGCCUAUUCCGCUGGCGACCUUCUCCUCCACCGCCGCUGCCGCCGUAAAUUUUCUUUUCGAGGAGAAAUCCGCACGGAGCAGCUUUCGGUCUCCAAUCCUUCGUGGAGGCUGCUUUUAUACGAUAGUGUGCAAGCAAUUCGCAACAUUUCUCACUGAAUGGAGACCGACGAGAUAUUGGCUGAGCUGCAGAACGUGGAGGUGGAGCUUCAAGAUGUUCAAGACCAGAUAAAUAUCUUGCUUGAUCGACAAGAGAAAUUGUAUGAGAGACAAUCUGAAUUGAACACUCUGUUGGAAGAGGGCAAAGCAUCGGGAAGCUCAGUGAACGAUGGAUCUUCAACUACUGCAGAGAAUUGGUCAGGCCAAUUUGAGUGGGAUGAUCGAGCUGAUGAUAUUAGGUUUAAUAUUUUUGGCAUAUCCACAUACCGUGCAAAUCAGCAGGAGAUAAUAAAUGCAGUUAUGAGUUGCAGAGAUGUCCUGGUUAUUAUGGCUGCAGGUGGUGGCAAGAGCCUCUGUUACCAGCUACCGGCCAUACUUCUUUAUGGAGUUGCUCUAGUUGUUAGUCCUCUGCUUUCUCUAAUUCAGGAUCAGGUGAUGGGGUUGACGGCUUUAGGGAUUCCUGCAUAUAAGCUGACAUCAACAACCAAUAAAGAAGAUGAAAAAUUCAUAUACAAGGCUCUUGAGAAGGGACUUGAAGAAGCAGAGCUUAAAAUACUGUAUGCAACACCAGAAAAGAUCUCAAAGAGCAAGAGAUUUAUGUCAAAGCUUGAGAAAUGCUAUCAUGCUGGUCGUCUCUCCCUAAUUGCAAUUGAUGAAGCUCAUUGCUGUAGUCAAUGGGGCCAUGACUUUCGCCCUGACUACAAGAACCUUGGUAUCUUAAAGACUCAGUUUCCUAAUGUUCCUAUUGUUGCUUUGACUGCAACUGCCACUAAGAAAGUCCAAACUGAUCUGGUGGAGAUGCUGCGUAUUCCAAAAUGCAUUAAAUUUUGCAGCACAGUGAACAGACCAAAUCUUUUCUAUAUGGUGCUAGAAAAGUCAUCUGUUGGAAAGGUUGUGGUUGAUGAAAUUGCUGAAUUUAUACAAGGUUCAUAUAGAAACAAUGAAUCUGGAAUUGUUUACUGCUUCUCGAGAAAGGAAUGUGAACAGGUUGCAAAGGAAUUGCGUGAGAGAGGAAUUUCAGCUGAUUAUUAUCAUGCAGAUAUGGAUGUUAAUGCUCGUGAGAAAGUUCAUCUGCGGUGGAGCAGUAAUAAGCUUCAGGUCAUUGUGGGUACGGUAGCGUUUGGCAUGGGAAUCAACAAACCAGAUGUCAGGUUCGUCAUUCAUCACAGCCUAAGUAAAUCAAUGGAGACAUACUACCAGGAAAGUGGUCGAGCUGGUCGAGAUGGACUCCCUUCUGAAUGCCUGCUGUACUAUAGACCUGGUGAUGUUCCUAGACAGAGUUCAAUGGUCUUCUAUGAGAAUUCUGGAUUGCAAAAUCUCUACGACAUAGCACGAUAUUGCCAGUCUAAAAGAGAAUGCCGUCGAAGAGCUUUUUUCCAGCAUUUUGCUGAGGCACUGCAAGACUGCAAUGAGAUGUGUGAUAACUGUGCAUUUUCUAACGAGGUCAAGGAGGAAGAUGUGUCUGGUCAAGCAAAAGUUAUUGUUUCUUUUCUGCAAGAAUAUCAGGAGAAUGAUCAGAGAUUGACAAUGUUGCAGUUGGUAGAUAAGUUGAAGGUUAAGUACAAGGAAUCAGGUUUCAACUUAAGGAGAGAGGAAACCGAGCAGCUUGUGAUUCAGCUUAUAUUAGAUCGUGUUUUGAAGGAAGAGUUUCAGCACACAGCUUAUGCUACAAAUGCUUAUGUAACUGUAGGAGCAUUGUGGAAGCAAGUCAUGCAAGGGAAAAAGAUUGUCAAGCUUGACAUUUCCAGUGGACAGAGGACGAAGGAUGGCAACACCAAAUUAGCCAGACACAAACGCAGCCUCACAUCUUCAUUUUUGGAGUCGAAGCUUGAUGAGCUGCGAAAAGAACUCUCUUCCAUUCAUGGGGGACUCUUGCCUCACUCUGUCUUGUCCUACCAACAGAUUAGUAUGCUAAGUGCAAAGAAGCCAAAUUCUACUGAACAGUUGGAAAAGGUAAUUGGAAAGUUGAAGACCGCAAAAUAUGGGAGUAGAAUUCUCGAAGAAAUUCAAAGGCACUGUGAGUCCGAGCAGCUUGAUAAUGACUUUUUGAACAAAGGCCAUGACAGUGCAAACAGAGUGACUAAGAGGCCGAAGACGAAGAAAGCGCUUGUUCUCAUUGAGAGUAGUGGAGAUGAGGCAUGAUGGGAUCCGAAUUUUGAACAGACGUAACAGAAUUUGGAUACUGCAUUCCCUCCAGCUGGCAGAUAACAUUGUCCAACAAAGUAUUAUUUUGGAGGAAGAAUGUCUUUUUGUGACAUUUUAUUUAAACAUCUUCUUCUCUCCCUUUGAUUAAGCACUCUUAGUGUUUCCUUCUGGAUGGCAGACUUGCACUUGUCUAGAAAAUAUGAGCGGCCUUUCAUAUCCCAAAACCGUAGCCCUGGGUGUAUAGAAUUGUUCUUCAAUGGUUACUUUCCAGCGGCCCUUUUAAACCUUCGUUUCGAGAUGUACCCGCUACCUAGAACCAUAGCAGCUGAAUUAUAUGCAGUUCAAUUCCAGUAUUUAUUCUAUAAUAUAAUAUAUGGACUUGGUAAUUUUGUAAACAAAAA